AUGUCCUCCUCGUCAUCGCCGGAGCGGGAAGAGAAGAAGCGGAAGCGCACAUCAGUCCCGAAGAACGACGCCGGCGAACUCGAGAUUGAUGUGAACCUACCCGAGCCACCGUCGAAGAAAGCGAAACGCAAGGAAAAGAAGCAGUCCAAGUCCAAGGCACCGAGGACCGAGAGCGUGAACACUGCUGAGGGUACGAACGAGACGGAAGAUGCCACACCGAAGGCUGUGGUCAAGAGUGCGACAUCCACAGAGCCAGUCAAGCGAUCUGAGAAUGGCAUCUGGAUCGGCAACUUGCCGUAUUCAGUGAACAGAGAAUCCUUGCAGGAAUUUUUCCUCAAUGCCGGCGGAAUUGGUAGCACGGAUAUCAUGCGCAUCAACAUGCCGUUGAACGAGAGGAAGCAAAACAAAGGAUUUGCCUAUGUGGACUUCACAUCACCGGCGGUUCUCGAAAUUGCUCUUGCGCUCAGCGAGAAGCUGGUGAAUGGCCGAGCAUGCUUGAUCAAAAAUGCGAACUCGUUCGAAGGGAGACCAAAGGUAUCGACGGAGGCAAAGGCCGCGGACGCAGCUGCAAAAGCGGCUGGGAAAGAGCCCACGAAGCGUGUCUUCGUUGGGAACUUGGGUUUUGAGGCGACGAGGGACGAGAUCAAUGAGCACUUCAGCCAAGCCGGACAGGUUGAGGAUGUAUUCUUGGCGACUUUCGAGGACAGCGGCAAAUGUAAGGGUUUCGGAUGGGUGACUUUCGCGGACAUCGAGUCGGCGAGUCAAGCAGUCCGGGGCUUCAUUUGGAAGAAGCAGGAAGAGGAAGAUGGCGAUGACGAUGCUGGGUCGCACGUGGAGAAUGAUUCAGACGAGGAGGACAACAAACCGAAGCGCAAGCCGAAGAAGCCCAUGAAAUGGUUCAUCAACCGCAUUCAUGGACGUGAGCUGCGCUGCGAAUUUGCUGAGGACAAGCAGACUCGCUACAAGAAACGAUACGGCAAAGCUCCGCCAGCUACCACAGAGCAACGUGGUGGUGCCAGUCGGUAUAACGAAGCCACAGCAGGCGAGGCGAGACGUGGAGAGGAGAACUUGCAAGACCUAUUACGUGAAGCCCAAGAUGCUGCACCAAAGAGGAGAGACCCGAAGAUGAAAAAGAUGAAUAAGGAUGAGCGGCAGGACGUCCGUCGUCAGAAGUUCGAUGCUCGGAAGAUUGCGCCUGGAAAAGCGCUUGCGAAUGCAGAGAGGAGUUCGAAGGCAUCGGGAGCAAUUCCAAAGACCUCCGGUACCAAGAAGACUUUCGAUUAG